AUGAUGCCUAGCUGCGACCGUCCCUGUGGCUGCAGCCGUGGCCCCAACGUGGAAGAUGGCAAGUGGUAUGGGGUCCGCUCCUAUCUGCACCUCUUCUAUGAGGACUGUGCAGGUACCGCCCUCAGCGAUGACCCCGAGGGGCCUCCUAUCCUGUGCCCCCGCCGACCCUGGCCCUCACUGUGCUGGAAGAUCAGCCUGUCCUCCGGGACCCUGCUUCUGCUGCUGGGCGUGGCGGCCCUAACCACUGGCUAUGCAGUGCCCCCCAAGCUGGAAGGCAUCGGAGAGGGUGAGUUCCUGGUGUUGGAUCAGCGGGCAGCCGACUACAACCAGGCCCUGGGCACCUGCCGCCUGGCUGGUACGGCGCUCUGCGUGGCGGCUGGAGUCCUGCUGGCCAUCUGCCUGUUCUGGGCCAUGACGGGCUGGCUGAGCCAGGACACCAAGGCAGAACCCUUGGACACCGAAGCUGACAGCCAUGUGGAGGUCUUCGGGGACGAGCCCGAGCAGCAGCUGUCCCCCAUCUUCCGUGAUGCCAGUGGCCAGUCUUGGUUCUCGCCGCCCGCCAGCCCCUUUGGGCAAUCCUCUGUGCAGACCAUCCAGCCCAAGCGGGACUCUUGAGCUGCCCACAUGGCCAGAGGAGGCGCCAGACCUGGAGUCUGGACCCUUCCUCCUCCCCAUCACACCCCGCCCUCCCCUUGUCUCCCUAACUUCUCCCUUU